AUGGCUAAUGUAGAAGCAAUACCAGCGUAUCUCGCUGCAACGUUUCCCACACUGCCUUCUGAGAUUAAGGAUUAUGUUUCUUCGAUUCUCAAGGAAAACGUCGAUGAGCUCCUCACACUUGAAGACGUUGUCGAAGCCGUUGGUGACCAUAUCCAGAGCUAUGUCCAAGAGCUAUGUAACGAUGGAUUGAAUCGGGCAUGUCUGCAACUUCUACAAUUCCUGCAUGGAGAGAAUUUGCCAAAAGUUGAAAAACAUGGGGCAACUACAAAGAAAUUGGAUCAGGCUGUGGAUAUGGCUGCUGAGAAUCACAGUUUUGCCGAGAUGGAGAGUAUAUGGAAGGUGCAAGCCAGAGAUGUGCCGACGUCAGUGGACAAGAAAAAAUUGGGAAAAGCUGAGAACCGUGCAGCACAGAAGAUUGAGCAACGUGAUGCUGAACCUGUGGUACGAAAGAAGAGGCCCGAGAGCACAGCAACGGCUUCUCAGGUAUUUUCGUGA